UAAAUUCAGGGGCUGCUUUUCUUGUUGGCAGCAGAGCAAGACACCCUCCAGCCCUGAGCAGGGAACAGACAAGAUGCAGGAGGCCAGAAACCUUCAGCCCACAGAGGCUGAGAAGAGGGACGUGUUUGGGGAACUAACAGGGCAGAUGCAAUGGGGUGAGGAUACCCCCCAGUCGCAUAGUCAGUGCCAGCUUUUCAGGCAAUACCGCUACGGGGAGGCUGAAGGUCCCCGGGAGCUGUGCAGCCGCCUGCACCAGCUGUGCCGCCAGUGGCUGCGGCCGGAGCGGAGCAGCAAGGCGGAGAUGCUGGACCGGGUGGUGCUGGAGCAGUUCCUGGCCCUGCUGCCCGCGGAGAUGGCGCGCUGGGUGGGCGAGUGCGGAGCGGAGAGCUGCUCGCAGGCGGUGGCCCUGGCCGAGGGCUUCCUGCUGAGCCAGGCGGCGGGCGACGCGCUGGGAACGCAGCAGGUGAGGGAGGAUUUCUUCUGUAUGAGGGACUAA